GCGCAAAGAGCUUCCUUCGCUAGACAUUCGCUACACAAGUUUGUUUACAUUUAGCAGACCAGCGUUGUUACAUGAGGAGGCUGGAAGAAAAUGAGGAGUGCGGUCUGUUCUCUCUUGGUUCGUGCACUCAGGAAUGAGGCAGGAAGCAGUUUCAGUGGAAGUAAUGCCGUAGGAAAGUCAACAUCAUGGGCAUCUUUAGCAUCAGCGGCAUGGUUAAAUGGAAGCAGAAAACAUACACCAUUAUCUGUUCCCUCUGCAUCAACACCGACUGUAUACAGUUCCAGACUGCUCCACUCUUCGACUUUAAACCUUUCACCGUCUGAAGUUGGUCUGACUGUGGGUGAGCCUGACAAACUGUACAGCUUGGUAGAAGUAGAAUGCCGUGGACAUGAACCUGCUGUCUUACGUUCUUACCAUACCUUUGUCACUACAGCAGCGAGACACCUUGAAAUACCAGUUCAAGAAGUCCUUUGGCCAGACAAGCACAUCAAACGAUGGACUCUUUUAAAAUCAGUUCACAUCUACAAGAAACAUCGUGUUCAGUAUGAAGUGAGGACACACUUUCUCAUAAUGAAGUUUGCUCGCUUGACGGGGUCAACAGCUGACACUUUCUUGGAAUAUGUACAAAGAAAUUUACCUGAAGGCGUUGCUAUGAAAGUUACUAAGCAUGAGCUUCAGAAACUCCCAGAACAUGUGAAGCCAUCAGCAGAGGUUGUGGCUUAGAU